UUAGCAGGAAGCUCACGGAACUCCCUCCAUAUGUAGGCUGCUGUCGCAGUUUUUUACGUAACUGUACGUCUGACGUCACACCCCUUAGUAACCCUCGGCGGCGUCUCCAGGAGAGAAGGCAACAAGAUGGGAUUGCUGUCCAUCCUGCGGAAGCUAAAGAGCACACCGGACCAGGAGGUUAGGAUUCUGCUGCUGGGGUUGGACAACGGUGGGAAGACCACUUUGCUCAAACAGCUGGCAUCUGAGGACAUCAGCCACAUCACCCCCACGCAGGGAUUCAACAUAAAGAGCGUCCAGUCUCAGGGUUUCAAACUCAAUGUUUGGGACAUUGGAGGCCAGCGGAAGAUCAGGCCGUACUGGAGAAACUACUUUGAAAACACUGAUGUUCUGAUUUAUGUCAUUGACAGUGCUGACAGGAAGAGAUUUGAGGAGACGGGUCAGGAGCUGGCCGAGUUGUUGGAUGAGGAGAAGUUGAGCGGCGUUCCUGUGCUGAUCUUUGCAAACAAGCAGGACCUGCUGACGGCGGCCCCCGCCUCCGAGAUCGCAGAGGGUCUCAAUCUGCACACCAUCCGGGAUCGCAUGUGGCAGAUCCAGUCCUGCUCCGCCCUCACAGGUGAAGGGAUUCAGGAGGGCAUGAACUGGGUGUGUAAGAGCGUCAACUCCAAGAAAAAAUAGCUUUGCUUCUCUGGAGGAACAACAAGGAGCGCAGCAUCAUCAUCAUCAUCAUCAGCAGCAGCAGCAGCAUCAUCAUCAUCAUCAGCAGCAGCAGCAGCAGCACACACAUUGCACCCUACUGAGCCUUAGUCCCAUGGGAUGUACCUGUGAAUGUAAACACACGACUAAUCAACAAGGACCUGGAGUUUUUAACUGUCUGCACUAAUCUCAGCACAUCUUCCUGCACUGGCCCCCACACAGAGGGGGGGCGGUUCGUCUUCAAAGGGAACCCAUGCCAGGAUCUCUCCCUCCUCCCCCCUGACUCCCCACGUCACCUUUACAGUCACAACCAAAGCCAGAGGCCAUCCACGGCCUGUUGCCCCCUCAGCCAUUAAACCAACCCCCCCCCUCUGCCCCCUCCCCAUUCUAUUCAUCCAGGUUGUGCUGUUUGCUUUAUAUCACGAUGGCUCUGUUUGAAGUGAGGUAUAUUUUUGUAAUCGUGUUAUUUAUGGUGAAGUAGAGCGUAGAUGUGUGUGAGACCUAAAAGAUGUUGGACAAACAAUUCCAACUCUUCCCACUAAAGAACAAUACUGUACAUGUUAAUAUGUAUAAAAUGAGAUGAAAUGCUUUAGAGGAACUACAUUUUUGGAUCAAGUGUAAAUAGCUCGUCCCUUUGGUUGUAUGUCAUGUUACGCACAUGUUAUAGAGUAUUUGUUACCCUGCUGUACUUUGUAGUCUAUAACCUUUGCAUAUCUAACACAUGCAGAUUUGUAACCACGCUUUACGUGGACGUACGUCCCAGGUCUUUGUCUUCUCUGGGUUUGUGGAGGGAUUCACUCGUUUUGCUUUUGAUAUUCUUGAAUGUAAUCUGUCCAGAAUUAAAGGUACUGUAUGGAAAUAAAAUGACAAUAAAUUCUGAAAUCGUC